AUAUCAAACCUCAUCUUGUUAAAAGCCAACCUCUCUCUCUCUUCGCCAAUCGAUUUCCUCUCACUUCGACUGAGAAUACAUACCAACUCAACAAGCCUUAGUCCAAUGGCCACCGUCACCUCUGCAGCUCUCACCAUCCCAUCCUUCACUGGCCUCAAUGCCGGUUCAGCCGUUGCUAAGGUAAGCCCUGCAGCCAAGGUUGCAGCCUCUCCGGUCCCUAGGGUCGGCAUCAAGGCCUCACUUAAGGACCUCAGUGUCGCUGUCGCUGCAACCGCUGCAAGCGCAAUCCUUGCCAGCAAUGCCUUGGCCGUUGAAGUCUUGCUCGGUGGUGAUGAUGGGUCUCUGGCUUUCGUCCCCAGCUCUAUCACCAUGAACUCUGGGGAGAAGAUUGUGUUCAAGAACAAUGCUGGGUUCCCACACAAUGUGGUGUUCGACGAGGACGAAAUCCCAGCCGGGGUCGAUGCAGCCAAAAUCUCCAUGUCCGAGGAAGACCUACUCAAUGGCCCUGGAGAGACUUAUGCUGUUACCUUGACCGAGAAAGGAACCUACAGUUUCUAUUGCUCUCCUCACCAGGGCGCUGGUAUGGUUGGAAAACUGACCGUUAACUAAGUUACAGCUUUGUGCAUGUAUCAUCACAUCCAUCUUUUGUACUUUUUGAGCAUUAGAGUUUUGAGUGGUGGGGAUGGAUGGGAUCAUCGUGGAUUUGUAUCUUGAUAUCUCUCCUUUACUUUAAAUUUGUAUUUAUAUUUGCUUGUAAUAGGAUUUCAGUUCUGCUUUA